AGUCAUAGAAAAACUGUUCCAGAAAAACACAAAAAAAAAACUAGUAUUUAAGCCAGAAUCAAGAGAGGGGAAACACCAUAAAAAUUCUCAGAAUUAAGAAAUGGAUUCAAACUCUCUUCUUCCUCGUUCAGAUUCUAUUCAACUCCCAGUUAUCGAUUUCUCGGAUCAAACCCUGAAACCAGGAACCUCAGAGUGGGACAAAGUGAAGGCUGAUGUCCAUAAAGCUUUAGAAGACUUUGGCUGUUUUGAAGCUUUCUUUGACAAAGUGUCUACGGAGCUUGAUAAGUCUGUUUUCAAAGCCAUGGAAGAGCUUUUCGAUUUGCCCACUGAGACCAAACAGAGAAACGUGUCGUCGAAACCUUAUCAUGGAUAUCUAAGCCUAAAAUUUCACGAGAGUUUAGGGAUCGAUGAUGCUAAUGUCGCUGAGAGAGUCAAUGACUUUACUCAACAGAUAUGGCCUGGACAAGGAAAUAAGAGAAUCAGUGAGAUGAUGCAUGUGGUUUCGGAGCAAUUAACGGAAUUGGAUGUGAUGGUGAGAAGAAUGAUACUGGAGAGUUUUGGGAUAGAGAAAUACAUUGAGGAACAUCUUAAUUCUACAAAUUAUCUUUUUCGAAUGAUUAAGUAUACAACACCUCCUACUGAAGAUGUAGAGACGAAGUUAUGUUUACCUUCUCAUACCGACAAGAACAUCAUGUCAAUACUUCAUCAGUAUCAAGUUGAUGGUUUGGAAAUUAAGACCAAAGAUGAAAAAUGGAUAAAAGUGAAACCAUCUCAUCAGCAUUAUUCUUUCAUCGUCAUGAUUGGAGAUUCUAUGUGUGCAUUUUUGAAUGGUCGAUUAUCUUCUCCAUAUCACCGAGUCGUGAUGACAGCAAACCAGACAAGGUAUUCGUCGGCAUUGUUCUCGACUCCAAAGUCAGGAGUCAUCAUAGAUUCACCUGAAGAACUUAUCGAUGAAGAACAUCCACGUAUGUUCAAAUCCUUUGAGUUCAAUGAGUUCCGUGACUUCUAUAACACGGAAGCUGGGUUUACAGCUCAAUCUACUCUCCACGCUUUCUGUGCUCUCUGAAGCAUCAUUUUCUUUACUCACAAGUCACAAUAAUGAACGUAAAAAUAUUAUAAACUAAACAAUGAAUGUAAUAUGAUUUUAUGUUAAAUGUUAUAUCAAUCCAAUAAUAUUUAUGUUUUAAAUUUGGCUUUUUUCUUUUUAUGUAGCGACCAAUCA